CGCUGCGCGGGGCUGCCCCGCCAUGCCGCCGCCCGCACUGCUCCGCCUGUGCCUCUGCGCGGCUGCCGCCGCCGCCUCCUCGUUCACCCUCCGCGGCGAUUACCGCCUGGCCGGGCUGUUCCCCCUGCACACCGCGGCGCCCCGGGACGGCGCCAGACUGCUCGUGCGCGGCUGCGACGACGCCGCCUUCAAGAGCCACGGCUACUGCCUGUCCCAGGCCCUGCGUUUCGCCGUGGAGGAGAUCAACAACUCCAGCACGCUGCUCCCCAAUGUCACCCUGGGCUACGAAAUCUAUGACACCUGCUCUGAGCCUACCAACUUCCAUGCUACACUGUGUGCCCUCGCUCGUAAAGGCAGGCAUGAUGUCCAGGUGCUCCCCAGUUUUCAACACUAUGAACCCCAGGCUGUGGCUGUCAUUGGCCCUGACAGCACGCGGCUGGCCCUCACCACAGCCGCUGUUCUCAGCCUCUUUCUUGUACCGGAGAUCAGCUACGAAGCCUCCACGGAGUUGCUGAGCCUGAAGCGGCUGUACCCCUCUUUCCUGCGCACCAUCCCCAGCGAUAGGAAGCAGGUGAAGGCCAUCUUCCAGCUGCUGCAGCACUUUGGCUGGACCUGGGUGGUGCUGCUGGGCAGUGACAACACCUAUGGCAGUGCUGGCCUGGAUGCCCUGCAGGAGCUGCUGACCGCAAGCAAUGUGUGCGUGGCCUACCGAGGCACCAUCCCCGCCAACUUGGAUGCCAGUAACCCCCAGCUUCACAACCUGGUCCGAAUCAUCACAGAAGUCAAGGUCAAUGUCACUGUUGUGUUCUCCAGCAGAGAAAGUGUUCUGCCGUUCUUUGAGGUGGUGGUCCAGAAGAACAUCACGGGCAUGGUGUGGGUGGCCUCUGAAGACUGGUUGUUGGCUCAAACUAUCUGGCAGGUGCCUGGCAUCCAGACCAUUGGGUCAGUGUUAGGGAUGGCAGUUGAGAAGCCAGAGUCCACGGUGCUGGAACGCUUUGAAGCUUGGAAGAUAUCAGAGGAAGGUGCUGUGGCUGAGUGUGCCAGCAAUGCAGAGGCAGGUGGGGAAUCUGUGGGGAAUGCGAGGCUGGACUGCACCCAGUGCUGCACCGGCUGCCGUGCGCUCGCCACUGUCCCCGACAUGUACGACGCUCAAAGCUCCUUCAACGUGUACUCGGCCGUGUAUGCCGUGGCCCAUGGCCUCCAUGACCUGCUGGGCUGUGCCUCGGGGGCCUGCAGCAAAGGCACUGUCUAUCCCUGGCAGCUCCUUCAGAAGAUUAGACAAGUAAACUUCACCCUGUACAAGAGCCGAAUCUCUUUUGAUGCCAACGGGGACAUUCAUAAAGGCUACGACAUUGUCAUGUGGAAGUGGAGGGGCCCAAACUGGGCUUCUCACGUGAUAGGAACCUUCCGUGUGAACCCUGACAGGCUGAGCAUCAACCCCGGCAAAGUCCUGUGGCACACAGAAGAUGGCCAGCAGGCUCCCAGCUCAGUGUGCUCUGAGGCCUGUGAGCCAGGGGAGAUGCGGCUGCAGCACAGCCGCCACAAAUGCUGCUUCAGCUGUGUGGCCUGUCCACCGGGAACCUUCCUGAACACAUCAGGGCUCCCCCUCAGCCCCGGAGGAGGCGGCGGUGGGUGGCGGCGGGCGGGGGGACGGCGACGCCGAGCCCCUUCCCGAGAAAAAGGUGCUGCGGAGCAAAAAGAGCCCCCCCGCUCCGGGAAAGGCGCCGGGGAGCAGAAAAGGAAACACACUGGAGAGAAGCCAUUUGAGUGUUCCAAGUGUGGCAAAUGUUACUUUAGAAAAGAGAAUCUCCUGGAACACGAAGCCAGGAACUGCAUGAACCGAUCGGAACAGGUAUUCACGUGCUCGGCCUGCCCAGAGGUGUUCAAGCGGCGGAUGGAGCUGCGGCUGCACAUGGUGUCACACACCGGGGAGAUGCCAUACAAGUGCUCCUCCUGCUCCCAGCAGUUCAUGCAGAAGAAGGACCUGCAGAGCCACAUGAUAAAGCUGCAUGGUGCACCCAAGCCCCAUGCGUGCUCAACCUGCUCCAAGUGCUUUCUGUCCCGGACAGAGCUGCGCCUGCACGAGGCCUUCAAGCACCGCGGAGAGAAGCUGUUUGUGUGUGAGGAGUGUGGGCACAGGGCCUCGAGCCGGAAUGGCCUCCAGAUGCACAUCAAGGCCAAGCACAGGAACGAGCGGCCCUACGUGUGUGAGUUCUGCCACCAUGCCUUCACACAGAAAGCCAACCUCAACAUGCACCUGCGCACGCACACUGGCGAGAAGCCCUUCCAAUGCCAUCUCUGCGGCAAGACUUUCCGGACACAAGCGAGUCUGGACAAGCACAACCGGACGCACACGGGGGAGCGGCCGUUCAGCUGUGAGUUUUGUGAGCAGCGUUUCACGGAGAAGGGGCCGCUGCUGAGGCACGUUGCCAGCCGGCACCAGGAGGGGCGGCCUCACUUCUGCCACAUCUGCGGGAAGACAUUCAAAGCGGUAGAACAGCUGCGAGUCCAUGUUCGCCGGCACAAGGGAGUGAGGAAGUUUGAGUGCAUUGAGUGUGGCUACAAAUUCACGCGGCAGGCUCACUUGAGGCGCCACAUGGAGAUCCACGACCGAGUGGAGAACUACAACCCUCGACAGAGGAAGCUGCGGAACCUGAUCAUCGAUGACGAGAAAGAUGUGAUGGUGGUGCUGCAGCCGCCGCCAGAGCUGGAGGUGGGCUCAGCCGAGGUGAUCGUGGAGUCACUUGCCCGUGGGCCACUGCCCGAGGAGGUCCCUGCGCAGAAACUCUGCUCAAAUGAGAACUUCUCACCUGCGGACGUGAUUGAGCAGUCGCUGAUUAUAACCACAACGAUUCCUGAAGACUGUGAGACAUAGUGUGGCCACCCCAUCCCUUCCACUGAAACACAGUAAAGCAUUAAGCUGAACCACUUUCUGCCACACUUGUUCUUUUGAGCUCCUUUUCUGUCAAUCUCCCAUCCCAGGCUGCAGGGAAAGGAAGUCACCAUGACGUUCUGAUUGAGUGUCAAAUGAAAUGUGUCAGCAUGGUCACUCCAGUCAGUGUUCAUUCACAGACAGUGUGUGGUGGGAAGGGACUGACCUCCCUGUGCCAUAUUGUGACUCACUUUCUGACACUGGAGGAGCUGGUGCUGCCCUCUCCUCUCCACCAGCCCUCUUACUUUGCCUGUGAUUAAAGCUCACCUUCCCCCACAGA